GACUUUUUUGCUUUUACACCGACAGCUUGUUAGUCUGGAUUAUUUCCCCCUUGCCGUUCAAUACACGUGUUUCUGUUAUUCUGGGGCUUAACUUCCAAAACCCCCAGAUCCGAAGCAGUAUUUCACUUAUGGCCUUCUCUUUCAAAUGUCCUCAGGAUUUUCAAGUUGAGUCUGUUGGAAAGAAAAGCUUAAAGCUUUCAGAUGUCAAAAACGAUGACAUUGAACUUUGGUUAAUAAAAUCUCCUGUCGAUUUUGAUAUUUCCAGUCUGUCAGGUCACAAGAUAAAAAGCAAAUUCAAUAUUCAUUUGGAGGAAACGGAUAAUAUUAAAUAUGUUGUUAGAAAGAACCAAAAUACAUCAGAGCUAGAUUCAUAUCAAUGUCUUUUUCCACACGAUACAAACGAAAGUUUCGCUCUAGGACCCUCGUUACAAGGACGGUUGGAUAUUACCAAAGUUCAUAAAAUAGCAACUUCUACUGAUGUUCAGAUUCCAACUAAAACUCAGCCUCACUUCCCAUCAGGCCUGAAACAGCGCUAUGUACCAUUUGGCAGCAGUUCACCAAAACGGUUUACCAAAAAGAGAAAGUCUGUUAACAAAGAUACGGAAAAAUGUGAGGCUGAAAUAAAUGGUUUUGAAGAAGGUAGUACCAAAAAGAAGAAGAAACAUAAGAAAUCAAAGAGAGAAUCUGUAGCAUCAGAUGUAUUGGACGAGACAACAGAUGUAAUAUUGAUAGACGAUGUCGAGACCCCAGAGAAAAAGAAAAAACAUAAAAAGAAGAAGAAGGAAAAGGGAGAAGAGGAAGAUCAAAGCGACAGCAUCGUGCUUGUUGAUGAUUCUGAGAUACCAAGUGAAUUAUUAACAAAUGAUUAUUAUCCUGCUGGAGACAAUGAACAGGCUUCCCAGAAAGCUUCAAAACAUAAGAAAAAGAAAAAGAAACACAAAGAAUCUUUUACAGAUACGGAAAAAUGUGAGGCUGAAAUAAAUGGUUUUGAAGAAGGUAGUACCAAAAAGAAGAAGAAGCAUAAAAAAUCAAAGAGAGAAUCUGUAGCAUCAGAUGUAUUGGACGAGACAACAGAUUGUGUAAUAUUGAUAGACGCAGAAUAAGCACAAUUUACAUGAGAUCCUGGCUGUCCACACUGAUAGACUCUACUGCUGAUACUUCUCUGCCUCCAUUACCAAAACAGAAGAAUUUAACAGAGACAAAAGAAGCUACUGGUAGUCUUUUGCAUUGAGUCUUUGAGGCCACUGGUAGUCUUUGCCUUGAGUCUUUCUCAGAAUGACCAUGAUGAAGGAAUUAUACAAAAACUGUUUAGAGAGAAAACAGGCCAAAAUAUGAAUGUUUACCGAGUUUCUGUCACGUCCUGACUGCAUAAUGUUGCCAGAGACAACAUUUGGUAAUUAAGUUUUUGUUAAUGACAGGAACUUUUUAAUUACUAAUCAGUUGGUGGUGAUGAGAAUAUUUAAAAAAAACUUUAAAAAAUUUUAUUUU